AUGCUUUCGGGGACUGACGGCCCCGCGUACCCGAGUCGCCCAACUUCCAAGGUCAGCAGCCUGGAAGUUGAUGUCAUUGUUGCUCCUAUCAUAACUAGAAGUAUGAAACAGGGCGGUAGAGGGCAGCGGGCUGGCCCUCUUCGGAGCCGUCUGGAGGAAGAGCCUGAUGGGGUAAGCUGUGGGGCGAGCGGCGCAGCCCCCCGAGAUGGCACCGUAAGUCAAAUCUUGCAGCCCUUGAGAAGGGAAAGGAGGAGCAUCAGCUUGGACGGGAUUCGAACCCGUCCCGCUGAGGAUCCAUAUAGACAAGAUGGAAGAACACGAUGGAACGAAGAGGAAAAUAUCCUUCUAUUACGGGUUCAUUACAUCGCAAAGGACUUAGAACUCAAUAGGAACGCCAACUACAGACAGGCACUCACUAAUACCUGGAACGACUUGAACCCACUCAAACAGUCCUACGCCAACCUGCUAUCCAAUAGGGUCAGAUGGCUUUUGAACAACGAAAAGUUCACGGAAACCGAACUGUUCAACAUCAAGCUUAGCUGCUACCCGCGUGGCGCUGUAGUGGAUCACAAUGAAAACUCAGCCGAAGAAGCCCCUGCCCCCACACCACUGGCAGUGGAAAAUACACCUAAAGCUGGCAGACUUGAACGGGCGCUGAUAAAAAAUUACCUUCUAUAUGCCGGGUUGCCGCCCGAGAGCAGACCGAGAAUACCAAGGCUGAAGGGCUCCAAAGUCAUGCUACAGAAAGUGAAGGACUUGAACGAUAUUAUGCAGACAAACUUACUGACCACCUGGAAGUUAGAAAAUGUAGUAGAUUACGUGUACGCGGGAGCAAUCACAAUCUGCUCAGAGCUGGGUAUAGAAAUCAAGAACACACAGCCUAAAAAGAAGGAAGCACCUCCACCGUGGAAACACCGCCUGGAAAAGAAGAUUAAUGACAUGAGGAAAAAUAUUGGCAUAAUACAUACUUACCUGAAUUCGGAAGCACCAUCCAAAAGAGUCGAAAAACUGACACGCCGAAUAGCAUCAGCUUUUAAGAUCAAAGCUCGGAAUAACCGCUUCAGGGAGAGUGUAACAGAAAUAUACGACAGGCUGAAACAGAAAAUAAAAGUGUUAGGAAGUAGAUUACAAAGGUACAAUGAGAGAAUAAAAAGGUACCAAAACAACCAGCUCUACUACAGAAAUAAGCAGCAGUUCUUCCGCCUUCUAGAACAGGAAAUCACCGAUGAUGGAAGCGCGCCUACCGAAGAAUCCAUGCAUUCGUUCUGGAGUAAAAUAUGGGAAGAGGAUAAGAAGCAUGAUGACCGGGCACACUGGAUUAGGGAUGCAGAAGCAGAAUCUGCUAAGUUCCAAAUGGAAGACAUUAACAUCACCACGGAACACAUAAGAACAGCAUUGAAGAAGACGAACAACUGGUCUUCCCCAGGUGUGGAUAAAAUCCAAAACUAUUGGUGGAAACAUUUCACGGCCUCACACGAACACCUCGCAAGGCUUUUCCGGGAAACCCUCACAGACCCCACAAGGAUACCCGAAUUCUUCACGCUCGGAGUCACGCACAUGUUGCCAAAGGGAAUUAACACCACAGACCCCAAAAAAUACCGGCCCAUCACCUGCCUACCAACCAUUUACAAGAUCUUAACAGGGGUACUAACCAGCCACAUCUGGCAACAUGUGAAUAAGAACAACAUAAUGGAGCAGGAACAGAAUGGCUGCCGUGGAAACUCCCGAGGAUGCAAGGAGCUCCUGAUCACCGACCUCAUAGUAACUAGGCAAGCCAAGAAGAAGCAAAGGAACAUUUCGAUGGCGUGGGUUGACUACCAGAAGGCCUUUGACUCGGUACCCCACACUUGGCUUAUAAAAACGUUACAAUUGUAUGGAAUAUCGAGGCCCAUCAUCAACCUCUUGGAGCAUCUGAUGAAGACAUGGCGCACGCAGCUGGUGGUGAACACCAAACAAGAGAAUUAUAAGACCGCCGUAAUCAGAAUCAGGAGAGGUAUUUUCCAAGGGGAUACUUUGAGUCCCCUUUGGUUCUGUUUAGCACUGAACCCCCUGAGUAGACUACUAAAAAACCAGAUAUACGGGUACAUUUUACAGAAGGCGAGGAAUAUAAAAAUUAACCACCAGUUCUAUGUAGAUGACCUGAAGCUCUAUGCUGCAAACGAAGAGCAGCUCAAGAAACAACUGAGAAUAGUGGCAGCGUUCUCAAAGGACAUUGGAAUGGAGCUCGGAAUAGACAAAUGCGCCGUGGUUCAUGUUAAGAGAGGCCGGGUACAAGAGGGCACAGGCUUAUCUGUGAUGGAAGACCUCACGAUCCCGCAACUGGGAAAACAAGAAUCCUAUAAGUAUCUCGGAGUGCAACAGGCUCUGGACAUUAAAACCACAGAAAUGAAGAAUACUUACAAAGAAAAGUUCCUCAACAGACUCAAGAAGGUACUCCAGAGUAGGUUGAACUCGAAGGCGAUGUUUGAGGCGGUGAACAUAUGGGCGAUACCUUGUAUUGCUUAUUCUUUUGGUGUGAUCAAGUGGUCAAACUCAGAGCUGAAAGAAAUUGACAAAAGAGCAAGGGCAUUACUUACCAAGCAGGGAAUCCACCAUCCCCACGCGUCCAUGAACAGGUUGUAUGUCCCAAGGCAUGAAGGGGGGAGAGGGCUGCAGAACCUAGAAAUAGUGCACGACAGAACAGUCCGCAGUAUGAGAGAGUACUUCCAAAAAAAGAACUCACCGUUCCAUCGAGCUGUAUGUCAAGAAGAUAACAACCUGAGUCCUCUGAAUUUGGCAGGCCACUUAGAACCAGCGCGACUAACCACCGAAAUGCUUAUACAGGAGUGGCAUAGUAAAGCUCUGCACGGAAGAUACCCUGGAUGCCUGAAAAAUAAUCAAGUUAAGAAAAAAGAGUCGCUUACUUACCUUACAGCCGGAUACCUGUUUCCUGAAACAGAGGGAAGAUUAAUAGCUAUACAGGAUCAAGUUGUCCCAACCAGAUCAUAUAUUAAGAACAUCACCGGACGGAACAUACCAACAGACAAGUGCAGAAAAUGUUCCCAAGUUACCGAGUCGAUUCAACACGUUACAUCAUCGUGCUCUGUACUGGCCCCAGUGGACUACAUGCAGCGCCACAACGCGAUGGCAAAAGUAUAUCAUCAGGCCAUUGCCAAAAAAUACGGACUCAUAACUAAGACAGUGAAGCCCUUCGAAUACUGCCCUAACAACAUCCUGGAAAAUGAAGGAUAUAAAUUGUAUUGGGAUAACUUCAUUACAACCGACAGACCCAUACAACACAACAGGCCCGAUAUUCUGCUGUUCAAAAAGAAAGAGCGAACAAUAGAGAUCCUGGACGUCGCUAUACCGGCUGAUGACAAUAUCCAAAAAGCGUUCGUCGAAAAGCUGACGAAAUACCAUGACCUGGCGUUUGAGAUGAAAACCAUGUACGGCCUAAAAUCAACAUCCAUAGUGCCCUUAGUCAUGUCCACGAAUGGACUGGUGGAGACACACCUGGUGGACAAUACCCUGAAUCUAGGAUUGGACAAAGAGCUAGUGAGUACAGCUCAAAAGGAGGUCAUUCUAGCGAAUACCAAAAUAGUGAGGAAGUUCUUAACGUCCGUUUGA